AUGCUCAACCUCUUUGCCGCGCCGCUUCGUUGCGACGCACCGCCUCCGUCCGGUCUCUCCGUCAAGGCGCCAGAGACGACCGCCUCGUCGACAGAGCUCGACAAGUUCCGCAAGACAUUUUACAACUUUGCGACGAGGGACCAGAUCGAUGGCGAAGUCUACCUCUCCGAACCCGACUUUGUCUCUGCCGUCGCGCCCGAAGGCGACUUCAACAAGAUCCGCCGCGAGCAGUACGGCAUCCUGUUCAAGGUCGCCGACCGACGAAAAGUCGGCCGCGUCAACUUUGACGACUUUGUCGCGUUCGAGGAGCUGCUGAAGAAGCCGGCGGCCGAGUUUGACGUCGCCUUCCGCGUGUUCGACUCAAACGGAGACGGAGUUGUCAAGUUCGACGAGUUCAAGCAGGUCUUCCAGUCGAUGCGCCACCCCGAAUCCAUCCCUUUCGACUUUGACGCUCCUUGGGUCACGCUCUACCUCGGCAAGGCGAACGGCGGACAUGUCCUCGGCUUCAACGAGUUCACCCAGCUCAUGAAGGGCCUCCAAGGCGAGCGGCUGCGCCAGGCCUUCCGCCAUUUCGACCAGAACCAAGACGGCUACAUCGAGAAGCGCGACUUCUCGCGCAUCAUCUACGAACUCGCGCGGCACAAGUUGUCCGACUCGGUGCUCGCCAACCUCGAGAACCUGGGCGACGUCGUACCCGAUGGCAAGAUCAGCUACUCUGAGUGCAUCGCCUUCCACAAUGUCAUUCGCGAGAUGGACCUCGUCGAGAAGGUCGUGCGGGAAGCCUGCGCCCGCUCUCCGGAUGGCAAGAUCACCUCGCAAGAUUUCACGAACCACGCCUCUCGCACGAUGCGGUACGGGACCUUCUCGCCCAUGGAGGUGGCCAUCAUCUUCCACUAUGCGCGGCAAGGGAUAUCGGCUGGCGAGAAGCCUCGGCUUGGGCUGCGCGACUUUGGGAGCUUGUUGGAUGCCAAGUGGGGGCCGCCGCGGCCUGCAGGCGAGAGCAAGGGGAAGAAGGCGACGGGGACGGCGCUGCACGAGAUCGGAAAGUCGGCGUACUACUUCGGUCUCGGUGGUAUUGCUGGUGGAUUGGGGGCGACAGCGGUAUACCCUAUCGACUUGACCAAGACUCGUAUGCAGAACCAGCGGUCAAAGGUCGUCGGUGAGCUGCUGUACAAGAACUCGCUCGACUGCGUGCGGAAGGUGUACAAGAACGAGGGGUUCAUCGGGUUCUACCGAGGCUUGCCGCCUCAGCUCAUCGGUGUCGCGCCGGAAAAGGCCAUCAAAUUGACGGUCAACGACCUCGUUCGCGAGUACGCGACGGACAAGGACACGGGGAGGAUCAAGCUGAGAUGGGAGCUGUUCGCCGGUGGUCUCGCUGGUGGUUGCCAAGUCGUCUUCACGAACCCGCUCGAGAUCGUCAAGAUCCGCCUGCAGAUGCAGGGCGAGAACGCCAAGAUCACUGGCGCGCCGCGACAAACUGCUGCGCAGAUUGUCAAGUCACUCGGUCUCCUCGGUCUGUACAAGGGAGCGAUUGCGUGUCUGUGUCGCGACGUCCCAUUCUCCGCCAUCUACUUCCCUGCCUACGCCCACUUGAAGAAGGACGUCUUCCACGAAGGCCGCGACGGCAAGGUCCUCCCGUACGGUGAGGCACUCGCUGCCGCAGCCGCCGCCGGCAUGCCCGCCGCCUACCUCACUACGCCUGCCGACGUCAUCAAGACGCGUCUGCAGACCGAAGCGCGGAAGGGCGAGAGCACGUACAAGGGCGUUGUUGAUGCGUUCCGGAAGAUCCUGAACGAGGAGGGUGCGCGCGCGCUGUUCAAGGGCGGUCCGGCCCGUGUCCUCCGCAGUUCGCCCCAGUUCGGUGUCACCCUUGUCGCCUACGAGAACCUCAAGAAGCACUUCCCAUACCCCGAGCCCCAUCAGUCGCUCAGCGAGCUCGUCAUGCCGCGGGAAGAGGACUUGGCACGCGUCCGGGCACGCAACGCCCUCAAGGUCCUGCUCGACGUCGACACCAAUAUUGGCAUCGCCAAGUCGCAAAAGUAA